AGAAUUUUGAAGUUGAAAUUGGAAUUUGCAUCGCAUUUCAUUAUUCAACUAUUUGUUACGGCGUAGGAGUAUUGUGUAUUUUGUUUGUAUCAAGCGAUAACGUUUGGACGGUUUGCAGUUACUUAAUUGAGGUGGUAAAAAUGGAACGUCAACAUUGAGCGUUUUUUAUAAAUUUAUAUUUCAUUCCGAUAUUAUUAUUACGACAGUCUGUAGAGAUAAAGUCGGAUGUAUUACUCAAUCUCAGUGUAGAUUAGUUCGUCUGGACGGCUGAAUCUUCGAUAAUUAUGCCGGAAUAACACAAAAAGUAAAAAAAAAUUGCGUUAGACGCUACUAGGACCCCGUUCGUUUUAUAUUAAAGUUUUAAUUGCGGAACAAUAAUAAUGGAGAGUUCUAGUGGUGUAUUAGCGACAAGUUUUUUGCCGGAAUAUUUUAAUGGUUUUGUUGAAGAGUUAGACGAACAUCCGUGGUUGUUUGCGGCCCUUGCAUCUUUACUCGUGGGUUUAAGUGGUAUCCUGCCCUUGCUGAUCAUCCCGAUAGAUGAGACAGCAUCCUUCAAAGACGGAGCCAGUGCCGCAACACUACGUAUUCUGCUCAGCUUUGCGGUCGGCGGUCUGCUCGGUGAUGUUUUCCUUCACCUGUUGCCGGAAGCUUGGCAACACGACCUAGCUAGUACGGAAGAAGGACAACAUGUGUCGAUGAAAUGCGGCCUCUGGUGCUUAUUCGGAAUGCUAGUAUUUAUAGUCGUGGAGAAACUCUUCGCUGGGUCCGAUGAUGAAGAAGAGGAAGAAGAAGAAAAGGAAACUCCCAAACUAAACGGAAACGUUGACCAUAUAGAAAUAGAAGACCUAGAGAAGCUUCUAGAAGAAGAAAGAAAGACAAGAGGCAAAGGGAAAGGUGAAGGUAUCUGCGGAAAUGGGAACGCUACAGCCAAACAGUUAUAUGAUACGUGUGUCUUCAAUAAUAAUACAAAAGGUGAAGGUGUAUGUUGCAGUGCCAUAACAACAAAGAACGGCACAGUCCGCUGUAAAGGUAAUCGCUGGAUGGGACGAUGCCUUCUGAGGGAAGCCAAAGAGAAAACAAUGAAGGCUUCGAAGGAAAAAAGUGAAAAGAAAGAUGUGGCUGGCUACUUGAACUUGAUGGCAAAUUCCAUAGAUAACUUCACCCAUGGCUUGGCUGUAGGCGGAUCAUUCCUUGUCGGUUUUCGAGUUGGAUUGCUUACUACGUUCGCUAUUCUGGUUCACGAGAUUCCCCACGAGGUGGGAGAUUUUGCUAUACUUCUCAGGAGUGGCUUCUCGCGGUGGGAAGCGGCUAAAGCUCAACUGGCCACGGCAUCAGCGGGUCUGAUUGGCGCUAUGACAGCUGUCAUAUUUAGCGGGGCCAGGAAUGCUAUCGAGGCAAAAACGUCCUGGAUAGUGCCAUUCACUGCGGGCGGUUUUCUACACAUCGCUCUAGUGACGGUCUUACCAGAUUUACUUAGAGAAGAGGACAAAAUGGAAUCGCUGAAACAUCUAGCCGCACUUAUAUCCGGUAUAGUUGUCAUGGCUUUUAUGUCACAGUACUUCGGAUAGACUAACAAGAAAGAAUAAGGCAAGAAAUAAUCACAAAAAGCAAUAAUCAGUCAAGAAUGAGGCCAGAGAGGUAAGUUGGAACAAAAGUGUAUAAGUGAUAAGGUAUCAAAAUAGUACCUAAAUAUGCCUGAAUACUAGCUCAAUUUAAUUACCGUUAAAUGUCAAUAUAUUCAGUAAAUAUAUCGUUGGGAUAACAGUAUACAACAUAUACAAAAUUGUAUGUUAUCAACCCCUGGGACCUAAACUUUUAGAGAAAUAACCGUAAAAAAAUACGCAGUGACAACCAUAACAUUAGCUGUGUUUAUAAGAUCUAUUGGGCUUGCGUUUUUCUAUGGCAACUGAAAAUUGAAAUAUACCGUACUUGUUUCAUAAUCUAAUAUUGCAAUUUCUUUUACAAGAUAAACGAAAUAUCCUUUACUUGAAAAUACCAUCUUUUCUUUUAAUCGAGUAUUAGUGAUACUUUUCAUGUGUGAUCACUAUACACAAUUUUUAUUAUUUUUAUGUAAAUAAUCUUUUUAUUGCCUCUUAGCGUAAAGUAUGUUUCUGAAAAAUAAUAAAAAACCUACAAUCAUAAAGAACAUCUGUUUUUUUCAUUUCAUUCUUGUUUAUUUAUUUAAACGCACUUCAUUUGCUAUUUUUAUAACAUACUGCACUCGAAAUGUAUCAAAAGAUUGUUAACAGAAUAAGACAAGUUUAAAAAGUGUAUAUGGUGAAAACUCGCAAUCUGGGCAGGAAAUCUUGUUAAUUUUCCAUUUUUCAAGGGUACAUUUUGAGCAUAAAUAUAAUAAUUACGGUUUGGUUUGUAGAAAAAAUUCUAAAAAAUAUGCGAAUGAUUAGCCAUUAUAUAAAAGUAAACCUACGCGUACGCAGUUUCGUGCACAUUUUCGACCAAUCGCGAACGCGCUGUAUUAAGCAAGUCCUGUGAUAGGUCGAAAGUAGAAUGCGGGUAGUAUCGCCGCCUGUCUACGAACUGCAACAGUCAUUACAAGUUGCGGAUAGGUUUAAAAGCGCGAAACGUCACAGAAAAGACAUCAGCACGGCUAGCAUGAAAAAAUGUUAUUUUCUCCCACAGCUUUAUUGACUCUCUGAGCAUUGGCACACUAGUGAAAACAUCCUAAUAAUAUACGGAUAGUAAACUUCUAUUAACCCGUUGCCGUGCUUAUGCAGGUGGACAUAUUAAUUUUGUCCAUUGCCAGGAGAUGUAGUCGGGGGAUAUAAUUUUUAUCUCCAGCGCAUGCUAUCCUUGCAGAAACAAUAACCAGGGAACAAUACGUCAUUGGUUGCCUGGAAGAAAUCGCUAUAUAGCGAUAAGGCCACCAAACUGUCGUCUCUUUCUAUGUAUUUAUAUCUCUGUAACUACUUUUUUUCUUUGGUGUACAAUAAAAGUGUAUUCAUUCAUUCAUUCAUUAAUCCAGGGCAUAACUUAACCUGCGUGUACGAAGUCUAGCCAGGCGGGGUGGCGUAAAAAAAAUUCGGUAUUAAUCUACGAAAAGAAAUUACAAUUCGUUUUGGCCUCAGGUUUACUAAUCCAAUGGUGGACUUUGUUUAAACUUACUGAGAGAGAAGGCAUUUAAAUAGCAGUGGCAUAAAGGUGUGUUUUCACUGCGGCCGAGAUGCUUGGAGUGGAGCGGAGGUUUUAGCGAUUAGCUAAGAUCAAAACGUUGACAUGUUUACUAAAAUUUUCUAUGGAUUUCAAUUUUUUUUUUUAAAUAAAUGAAAUGUUCCUGUUCAAUUCACACACGGCAGAAGUAAAACUUCUGAAAGUAGCCUACGAGACAUAAGGUUUACUUGUUUUUAUAGUGCUUUAAAAUUAUAUAAUAUUAUAUUUAAUUAAAAUAAAUAACUUUAUUUUCGCAGAGAUUACAACAAUUAAUUGCUAGUGGUGUCCACACUAGGUAGCCUGUACAAUACAUAUAUUACUACUCAGUUUCCAUGUUAACUAAAACAAAUUGUGUAAUGUUUAUAUGU